AUGGAGGAAGCUUCCACCGUUGAUCAAAACGAACAACAACAUAAAAACAGCGACUCAACGCAUGUCGAGUUUUUUAACGCAGUAAGGAAGGGGACUGUAGAGCAAGUGAGAAAGCUUUUGUCACACCUAAAAAGUACAGACACCGCCGUUACAGAAAUAAACGAAAAUGGAAAGCAAGAUGUGGGUGAUAAAACAUCUUACAGACAGAAGCUUCUUAAAGCUCUCGCAGAAAAAAACACUGGUGAGGUAUGGAACCUUAUUGUAAAAGGUAAAGAAAAAGAGAUAAAGACUCUAGAAACGCUUAACAGUAUCUGCGAAACUGUUGCAGAACACGAGCGUCUGAGGGAAGCUGGUCUUUUCAGCUGCAUGCUGGGCAAACUUAAGAGCCAAAUAAGAUGCAACGAUCCAUGUGGUUGUGGCCGAAGCGGACGUGAACGGGAAGGAGAAAAUUACCAAACAAAACGGGAACGCGAAGAGGAACAACAGUGGAUAAACAUACUUUCCGAUCCACUGUAUAUCUGCUUGAAUUGGUUAUGGAGGAACAACCCAAACGGUGGAUCACUGACCUCUUCUGAUCAAGAGGGAACAAAGAAAGAAGACUCAAGAAAGUCUGAAGACGUCAUCGAAGCUGCACUGCACGAUGCUAAUCUCCUGGAGAAAAUUGCCCUGUACGAGCAUCAUUACAGCCGAGACGAGUACACAAGGCGAGCAGAAGUGUAUGAAAAAUUUGCCACUGACGUUGUUGAAGGAAGUACUUGGGACCAACUCCUUGAGAUAAUGGAUGACAAGGGAACUGGAUGUCUCCUAACGAAUAAGCCCGGUGAUUUUAACCAGAGUCUGAGUCUACUCACGACUGCUGCUGAUAAAGAAAGAAAGAGGGUAUGUAUGGCGUUAUUAAUUAUAUACCCUCCAAAAUUCAACGUUCGUUUGCGCUUCCUAGUUUUUAUUUUACUUUUGUUGUCGCAGAUUCCUAGGACACUUUCACUAGACAACUUUGGAGUUUAGAAAUGUAACUGCUGGUUUUCACAUGACGGCAACAAUACAAAGGGCUCUUUGCAUUGUUAUAGAGUACGUUUGCAUAAUAUUUCUAAGCUUGGAAUAUCUCGUUGAGCAUUCAGAAGUCAGCCAAGCGCGGUCAUUGCGAGCGUGUUGAACAAGAAUGCUGUAUCAUGACAGACUAGAAACAAUAGAAAACUCCCAAAGCACAAACUCUGCCAAAACGCUAAAAAUCUUCAAUGUUUACUCAAGUUUGGGCUUGCAGAAGAUGUCACAUGACGUCACUAAAAUUCAAACUAGAAAACUAACGAUCAUACCGAGAUUUUACUUUCACGAUGUAUUGCAGCAGCUGAAAACUAAUUUUCAUAAAAAUUUUCGCUUCAAAAGGGUUCUUGGUUUUGUGAUAGAGUACGCUUGAAUUUCUAAGCUUUUGAGUGACGCGGUAUUUACAUGACGGCCAAGAGAGCUGUCAUUGUACGUUAAAAAAAUGACCUAUUUCGGGGAAUUUUGCCAUCUAAACAGUUCAUGUAUUAGAAAAAGUAUUACUUUAAUAUUUAUGAGUUCCUCGAAGAAUAAAUUCACGCUUUUGUAGCAAAACUCGUUAACAGAUGUUUCUGUUGGUUUCCGUUCGCCAUGUUGGAACUCAUCCGGAUGGGCACCAGCAUGGCGUCUCCAUACAUUUGGUUAAAACGUUUUUCUUUCUAUAUCUCGUAUAUGAAAUAUUCCUCUGACCUGAAUCUUGGCGAGAGUUUUGCAUAUUUACCUCCUUUCAUUUCCCAGAUUCUGGACUUUAUCUAUUGAACGGUUUUGAUUUUUUUAUCUAUUUUGAAUGGCGUGACACUGAAAACCAGCAAUAUGUUUGCAUUGCUCGAAAUCGCGCGCAUUUACAAGGCCCGAAAGCUUUUUGCUGACUUGCAAAGACCCAUCUGUUAUAAAGAUCCCCAAAAUAAAGGUAUAAAUCUCAUAGUUUAUUCAUUAUUCACUUUAUGACCUAAAUUUGGAAACCACUGAAUUUCUCGCAUUGGGUCCUUGCGAUUUUGGUGAAACUCUGUUCAACGGAAGGCACUAGUGAGCACUAUAUGUAGCCGAGAGAUUUUCACGAAAAAAUGCCGACAACAGCAGAAUUUUGACUCAGACCCCAAAGAGGUAUGGCACUAUAACUACGUGACAUUUACUCGAAUCGCCAAAUAUUUUAUGCUAUAUUGUAGAUUGAUUUAUAUGUUAUCCGUGCUAUAUGUUAGACUUACGAUCAAAGUAAGGGUAGGGAUACCAAAGAGCUUCAAAGUAGGAUGGUACCCUCACAAAAUAACUGGGUCGAGUCACCUUAAACUAUGAAUAAAUUAGGGUAACUAGCGUUGAAUUGGUAGCGUCGCUUUGCAAAAAAGCCGACAAUUGCAAGAGAACUUUCCCCACUAUUACAAGUGCGUCCUAGGUUAAAUGGGCGAUUAAAAAGACGAUAUACCAAAGUGCAUGGUUCACUUGAAAACAGUCCUCUUUUCUGCCGCAUUAAGCCCUCACACUAUUAUUGCUAAUUCUCUCAUAGCAAUUAUUUGAUUGAGUUUGCAAACAUCGAGAAGACUAUUGGUGGUAAAAGCCCACUGGAGUGAUCGCCUGCACUGAGUAAAAAAAGUCUAUUGACCUCACUACGCUACCAUGACAACUCGAUUUCAACAAAAUCUUUGUCAAAUUUUUACUUCUAUCAUUGUGCCACUGUGGUAGCCGUGUCGUAAUGAUGAAUUUAGGGAAUAGUGAGGUAACAGCAACAACUAGACAAAACAGUUUCAGGAAAUUAAGAUAAACAGUUUUAACAAUUAUGAAACAAACAUUGUAAAGGAAAUGGUCGAACAUUAUUUGAAUAGCCCUUUUUAGCUUUCAUAUUUUGUUUUCUUUAUUCAGACCACGUGAUUUUCUCCAGGGAAUUUGCCUUUUGUCUUGUCAUAAAAUAUGCAUAAAUAUGUACGUGGAUGUACGUGCGGAGGACGACAUUUGAGAGAAACAGUUCCCUGGGUAGUCUGAAAUGUUAUAUGUCUCCACCCACUAACCCAUAGGUGGGUCUCUCUUCACCCGCAACCCCCACGGGUUAGGGGUGGAGACGUAUGACAUUUCAGACUAUUCUCUGGGGCACCAUCGCGUGCUCUGAAUUGAGAAACAAAACAUUCAAGCUAAAUAUAUCUAUUGCCUUUCUAUUCUCAGUUUGUGGCGAGUCCCAAAUGUCAGCGAAUUCUCGAUGAGAUCAUUUACUAUCAAUGGCCACAUUGGCAGGAUGUGGGGAGAGUAACCAAAUUUGCAUGGUCCAUUGUUCAACUCCUCAUGGUCGCUAUCUCAUGUUUUGUUUACAUUCCACUUCGACUUUUGCGAAAGUCUCCUUGUUUUGACGAAGGUGACGGGUGCUGGUGGAACUUAAGGGAGAUCUACGAGCAUCCCUUCUCCAAGUUUAUCAACCACAGUACUUGGUACAUGGUUUUCCUGGUUUUUGUAUUUCUGAACUCGAUGCAACAUUCCUUUGCAACAAGGUUUAUGGGUCUUGAGUGGAUCGGUAUGUCACUUUAUUUUUAUUUUUUGAUAGGUGAUACUUAAGGUGUAAGGAAUAUUUAUUUUUUUUAAUUUCGUUAUGCCACGAAGGCUACCUAUCUUAACCUCCAUAUCGGUAAACCAUUAAUUGCCUGGUUUUCAAUGUCACGCUAUAGUCCUCCUACUAAUCUGUUCACCCUUGUCUUAUAUGCAAAUCAAGUCCCUUUUUGCCUCCAGUGUUAAACUCAUUUUGCAUCUAAUUAUCCUACAUUAGGGCCGUUUAUACGUGAGAAAAUAAGCCGCGGCUUACAUAUAACUCGAAAGGAACCAUUCAUACGAGCACGGCUUAGAUUAGACGCGAACUGCUCGUAAAAAUGGUUCACGGCUUUGUUCGCGGCCAGGUUGUACUUUUAAUAACCGUAGAUUUAAAAUUAAAAUCGGAGAACUUACGCUUGCCGAGGUAACGUAGACAUCGAGCUGCCCCGCAAUCUCAAGCUCGCUGCAUAUUAGCAGGAUUUGUUUUUUUUCUGGGGCACUCCACACAUUUCUUUUUUUACAUGAAUCUCUAUCCACCAUUUUCCACUUUUAUUUGUAAAUGUAAUCAAAACUCAUUUUCCCGCCACUGCAACGCGCGUUUCCCGGACGUGAAGGUCUGGGAUAUAAUUGAAAACAGAGCAUGCGCAGCAGUCGUUCAAGGCUUCAGCAAGCCGCGGACAACGUUUGAGUGCAUUUAUACGAACACUUUCACGUCCAAGGUGAGCCGCGGCUUGGAUAAGCCCAUACCAAAACCCCUCGGCCAGGAUAAGCCUCGGCUUGAGCUGGCCUUGGGUUGAAUAUGCCGUGAACAUAGAUUUAGUACCAUUUAUACGGGCUGUUCGCGGCUUAUUUUCUCUCAUAUAAACGACCCUUUGAGACCCGACACUACACACGCCAUCAAAAAUAAUAAACGAAACCAUUCAAGAGAUUAAGACCAGAAUCUGGCGAGGGAAGAAAUUUAUGUGCGAACAGGAUUCAGUUCUAUUUUUUACUUUGGUUUGUCUGUGAAAUACUCCGAGAAAUGUUUUACCCAAUAUCCCAAUUCAAAUGAACUUUCUAUGGAGACGCCAUGUUGACACCAGCCGGAAAACAGCGGAAAAAUCUUUCUCGCUACUCGAGAAACUCAUAAAGAUUAAAGUGAUUCUUAUUCUAACACAAGCUAGGACAGUUCGGAGAGUAGACUGAUCCCAGAAAGUAUAUAAGUCACUUUUCUCUCUGCCUCCAUUUAGAUGCUGCGUCACGCAAAGUAUGCUCUAUCUCAAAACAAAAAACCCUUUCGAACUACGAAUUUGUUGAAAUUUAAGUGUCUGGGGGCUCUAAGUCCUCAUGAACUGAAAGUAAAAAUUUAGAAGUCAUAGUUGUUAGGUUUGAUGGCAUCACGUGAAAACCAGCAAUAUGUAGGACCUCUACCCAACAAUGCUGCAAUUGACCAUUGUCACAUAGACCAUAAUGCACCUGGUUUACCCCCUAAAACUUUGCAUAACCAUUUUCUUCAGUUUCUCCUGGAUUUCAUGGUCGUCCCAAGAAAAUUCUAAGACAAUGGUUUUAUAAAAUUUUGAGGGGUAAACUAGGUGAAUUAUGGUGUAUGUGGAAAUGGUGAAAAUAAGGUUUGCAGGGCAGUCCUCUCGAAAUUUGUGGCAAACCUAUGCAGUAGGAAAAUCCUAUUCUUAGCUAAACAGUUUUUCAUUUUCCUUCGCAUUUUUUCAAGAGAGAAUGAGCUAAGGGAUCGAGCCCCAUACACAACCCUCUUCCCAUGAAAAAUAUUUUACGUCAAUCUAUUCUUGGUUCUGUGUCAUACUGCUUGGUUAUUUUUAGGACGCCACCUUAUUGGUUGGUUAGAGUGGCGUCAUGUAAUUCUAAAAUUGGUGGGAAAUUCCUUUCACUGCCGAUCACUCACAGCAAGCGAUAUGACGUGCAAACUUUCGUCGACGAGUCAAAAGAUUUAUACUGAAAAAUAACUGGCCAGAGUAGCUGCCGACGAGCAAGAUGGUCCUGGCUUGCGAGAGUUCAGCGGAGAAAGCGGUUCCAACUAGAUUAAAAUUGGUUAUUGUGAUCUUCGCUACAUCAGUAUAUAAACAGCCGACAAACUUUUGUAAAUGACACUUAAAAUUGAAGGCCAUGCUGAUCGGACAGCUAAGGGUUACAAAUUUAUUUGCCCAAUAUUUUUGCUAGACAAAACUAGUCUUCAUCAGCGGCUGUUAUAAAACAUAGGCACGUUAAACGUGCAUGAGCUAUUUUUAAUGCUUCAGUGUAACUUUAAUGCUUCAGUAUAACCUUACCAAGGAUGAAUCUACCUUUUUCGUCCCAAAUGUAGAUUGGGUUUUUGUGCGAAAUUGGAUAUUGCGGUACAUAAAUGAAAACGCGAAACGCUCAGCUGAGUCGAUCCUCAUGCUAUAUAUUCACUUUUCUCUGUCUUUCCCUGUUACAUCUGGUGCAAGUUUAACAAAUUGUUAAGGUAAAAUAAAUAUCUACCCACCAAACGUUGAUUAGAAGGAAAACUCUAAGGUUUCCUCGUAGUUUCUUAAGAGCCAUUAUCUGAGAAAAUCGAGAAUCGCAAGACACUCGUCAAAAAAUCGAAUUUUUUUUUAUUUUGCCAAAACAUCCCUUUUAGUGACUUAAUUUAAGGAAAAACAGUUUUGGGUUCAAACGAUUCAUUUUAAAGGAGAAAUUAGGAAAAGUUUGAAAAAUCGAUUUUAUGUUCGUUUUUCGCACAAAACACGGCAAGAUGCAAUGGCAACUUCGAGAGAAGGGUGAACGCGUAAGAAACAUUCCCUGACAUUGAAACUUCACCGAAUUAUUAUUUUGUUCUUACUCUUGAAAAUCCUAAAAGAAAAUUUGAUAAACAAUGCUUUACAUUUUUAUAAUCGACAAGUGUAAAGAGGUCAUAUUUGUGACGUUAGACGUGCUAGAAAAUGAAGGCCAACUUUGACUAUUAAAAAAGGCCUCUGGUAUAUGCCGCUUGAUCAUAAAAUCAAUAUAAAAUGGAACCUUGGCUUUUGUAUUAACUUACUGGAAAGUUUUAGCUCUGGAAAUCAAAUAUCAUCCUGACACCAAAGUAAGCGGUGAGAGUAAUUGAAUUGGGAAAUUUAUGCAAAUUAGACGGCUUGCGGACGGUUGUCAAACUAAAAGAAAGGUUUUACAUGAAAGGAUUACUCACCAUUGCUUGUAACACGUUUUUACGGCAAGGAAAGUUUUUCCCAACCUCUUUUGCGUCGUUUUUAGUCACAAAAUAUAUAAUUUUUAGCCAAAAGACAAACGUACGUUUGCUCAGCAACUGCGUCCGAAUCCGGCCGUGAAUCGAAAUAAAGUCACAACACGUCGAAGCAAGAGUUACAAGAGUUUUUACUUCAGUCAUGAGGCAAAAGGAAUAAAAAUUCAUCGCAAACUAAUGACUUCGAUUUUGAAAACCUUUCAUCACUUCAAUCGUUCGUCGGCUGAUAAUAAACAUAGCAUAAGAUCGUAUGACCUUUGGUGUGACCGGAAAUUGGUCACACGCUUUAGUCACGUCAGCAUGCUGUCACGAAAUUUUCGUAGCUGUUGUCAGCAAUUUUAAUACAGUUUUGACAUUUUUUGACAAGAAAUCCUCUCAUCGCAGUAGAAACAGCCAUGCAUAUUUAUUUUUCUUUUAUUUACCUACUAGGCUUUGAAACAGCUUUUUUGCCCUCGAAGUACUAAACAGGAGGGGUACCUCGGAUUCCAAGUGUCGUGAGUGAUCCGUGGAAGCGAAAAUUAAGACCAAAAAAGAACGAAUAUUUUGAAUACUUAAGUAAAGCCACAGCUAAAAAAAAAAAUUUGUUCAAAAUAUUUUCAAACCAAGAAAAAAACAUACUUCGAUCAUCCCCGUGACUUGGAAUCUGGCCAGAGUACCCCCUCCCCCUCUCCUCCUCCCCUAUGCCGGGUCAAAAUACUAAGUUCCCCCGGCCCAACGUCCCAUAGUCAAGGGAGUAUACUCUCUUGCUGUAGUAAAGAACUUGCAGAAUAAUACCAAUUCUCCGAGGCCGACGGAUUCAACGCUAUAGUUUACUUUGGUUUUGCUUGUUGAUUUUUUCGCUAUUUGAUCACGAUCAGGAGCCUAUAACCCCAACCACGACCAAAUUAUGAAACCUGUUAUUACCAGAAAAAAACACAAAGAAACAGUCAGUCAGAUAGACAGUACAUAAUUAAAAAGACCUCGACUAAGAUUAAAAAAAAUCAAUACAUGACACUGUCGAAUACGAAAACCCAGAAACCAUUUUGUGGAAAAAAGGUUCGCAUACAGCUAUCAGCUGCUUUUGUCCACAACUCGCCGUUAGAGGUGCGCGGAAACUAGUGAUUGUGAAAUGGCUUCAAACUAUGAUUCUAUACUGUUGGAAUAUUACUUAUCACAGAAAGCUACACCUGAUUUCUUCUAGCAUACCCAAUCCUCUUGGUUCGUGUGGACAAAGUAGCUCAUCCCGGCUAUUUGCACCAUGCUACCAUAGUCUCUUUAGAUUCCUAAGCCUCGCAAGCAGACCUUCCUGUCCCACGAACGUUGGGUAGGAUUGUAGGACAAGCCAAAAGAAAGUGAAGGCUAUAGGCUCUCGCGAUGAUACAAGGAAGGUCGAAUAUUAUAUUCCCCUAUCCUGGUCGCCCAGGGUAAGUCUGCGGAGGAGAGUGACUGAGGGGCUGUAUGUUCGAAAAGUUGACUAACGCCCCCGGGACUAACGCUUUCCCCUGGAUAAAUCUAUAUCCAAUAAGUAACGCAAUUGCUUCUUCUUAUUCGCUUGAUAGUGAUUUCAUGUUGUUCAACGUUUGAACAACAGGGCCCUAAGUAUUGUGUUUCGUCUUGCACUAAAAACCCAUAAACCUUAUAAAUUUCACUAUGGGACUUCAGCACCUCCCUUGAAUGAUCCAUUUCGCUAAACGGGACCUCAAAACAACGAUUCUGUGUAUCCUAAGGGAGUGUAUACUAUACUUUCCUGGCUCUCGUCACUCACAGUGAGGUGAUGGUGGCUUAUACUCUAAUAGACCUAACACAGUCGAACCUCCAUGUGCGACCGCCAAUCCAAAAGACCAAAUUUUCCCAGUCAAAGCCUUACAGUUGGAACCUCCAGUAAACGACCACCUUCUGUAAGAGACUGCGACCACUUUUUGGGCGUCACGGUUAAUUGUUUUCCAUAAGCGACCAGUUGACGCAUUCUCUGCUCUCUAUUUUUGCUGUGUGCACUAUGUUCCUUAGAAAAUAUGAAGACCUUUAGUGACAUCGUGGAACUACACAUAUCCGAACUUAGUAGAUGUAAGCAACAAAGUGAAGAUUCUGUUGUGAUUCUAGACUAUUCUAUAUCUCACUCACCUUGUCAAAAGAGGUAAAAGAUAAUAUUUUGCCAGGAAUUUGUUACACCGCCAUUUAAUAGAAUGUGCCUGGACCUCUUCUCGGAAUAGACCCCAUGUGGUCCGAUUCUUCUAAACGACCACCUCCCGUUAGGGACCACCAAGUCUUUGCAUUUUUGGUGUUCGCUUACUGGAGGUACGACUGUAUUACUUUGACCUAUCAGAGGCUUACCGAUAAUAAAGGGGAUCUGCAAGGGGGCAUGGAUGCGACAAUCACAUGCCAGGUCGCUUACUUAAAAUAGUGGACAUCUAACUGACAAUCAAAGUUUGUGCUUAUUAUUGGGGUUAUCUGGUGUUUACUCACCUCCCAAGCUACCCUGGGCGAGCCAACGUUUGCUCCAUUUCCUUACAAAACUUGGUAAACCAUUUACAUGAGAAACAAAAGGUUGGUUCGGAUAGACACCUUACUACCAGUAGUGGGCGGGGUUGAGGGCUUCUGGAAGUCAGCCCUCCACUGAGCCGAUAGUGGUGGCCUCACCCUUCUAGCCCGGCUAAUAUUUCUCCACUUUGGCUCGCCCAGCUAGCUGGGACAACACGGUCAAGGCUAGACAAAGACAGCAUGCGCAAGCACUGUUGACUCGGACAAAGUGGUCAGUUUUUUCCUCAUAUAAACGCUCGCAAAAGUUGGCUCGGCUGGGAGGUUGACCUUCUCUCCGGCACAGCUUUUCUCCAUCCAUGGGUUCCAAACAGUCUUUAAGCAGUCACGUUUGAAAUUUAUAGGAAAAUGAUGUAAAUAAUAAUAAAAAAAUACACUUUCUUCACAGCCUGUCAAUGCCUAGAAGGUGUCAACUGCAGAACAGGAGUCAAUUUCAGUUUUUUGCGCCUUCCACGCUAGCACUGCGAAGCGGACUCGGGGCGCGAGACACGCGCGAUGCAUGGGGAACAAGUUCUGCAGGCUAUAAAAGAAAUUAAAAAAUAAAUAAAUAAAUAAAGCAGGCCUGAUUUUAUUUCGAUGAGUCUAUUUUUUGUCGAAAGCAAACGUGAAAAAUCGUAUUAAAAUUCGUGACAGUAUGCUAACGUGACUUAAGCGUGUGAUCGAUUUCCGGUCACACGCCAAAGGUCAUACGAUCUUGUGCGAUGUUUAUUAUCAGCCGGCGAACGAUUGAAGUGAUGAAAGGUUUUCAAAAUCGAAUUCAUUAGUUUGCGACGAGUUUGCGAUGAAUUUUCAAUCUUUUGGCCUCCUGACUGAAGUAAAAACUCUUGCAACUCUUGCUUCUAAAGGACCGCAGUGACGUGCUGUGACUUCAUUUCGAUUCACGGCCGGAUUCUGGCGCAGUCGCUGAGCAAACGUACGUUUGUCUUUUGGACCUUUUGGCUUAAAAUUAUGGAUUUUGUGACUCAAACCGACGCAACAGAAGUUGGAAAUAACUUUCCUUGCCGUAAAAACGUGUUACAAGCAAUGGUGAGUAAUGCUUUCACGUAAAACCUUUCUUUUAGUUUGACAACCGUCCGCAAGCCGUCUAAUUUGCAUAAAUUUCCCAAUUCAAUUGCUCUCACCGCUUGCUUUGGUGUCAGGAUGGUAUUUGAUUUCCAGAGCUAAAACUUUCAAGUAAGUUAGUACAAAAGCCAAGGUUCCAUUUUAUAUUGAUUUUAUGAUCAAGCGGCAUAUACCAGAGGCCUUUUUUAAUAGUCAAAGUUGGCCUUCGUUUUCUAGCAUGUCUAACGUCACAAAUAUGACCUCUUUACACUUGUCGAUUAUAAAAAUACAAGACAUUGUUUUUCAAAUUUUCUUUUAAGGUUUUCAAGAGUAAGAACAAAAUAAUAAUUCGGUGAAGUUUCAAUGUCAGGGAAUGUUUCUUACGCGUUCACCCUUCUCUCGAAGUUGCCAUUGCAUCCUGCCGUGUUUUGUUCCAAAAACAGGAAUAAAAUCGAUUUUUCAAACUUUUUUUAAUUUCUCCUUUAAAAUGAAUCGUUUGAACCCAAAACUAUUUUUCCUUAAAUUAGGUCACUAAAAGGGAUGUUUUGGCAAAAUAAAAAAAAAUUCGAUUUUUUGACGAGUGUCUUGCGAUUCUCGAUUUUCUCAGAAAAUGGCUCUUAAGCCAAAAUGUGAUCGACCCAUGCAUCGAAUACCGAAUAGUUACGAAAUACCAGGAUUUUCAUCCUUGUGGUAGAUGGUUGCAUCAUCAUAAUUCACGAGGUUUUCACGUGCAAUUCUACUCAGUGAAACAGUCUUUAACUCCGAUUACCUAUUUCUCCAUGUUUUAAAAGCUAUUGCUUCUUAAAAGACAAGAGCCUUUUUUCAGGCACUGGUUACAAAACGAAACAGGUCUUCAUACGUUCAAGUUACUAUUGUUAUUGUGAAAAACCAAUCUGCAUGAGAUGCACAGUCACACAGCUGGCACCUGAAAUUAUUGGACUUUGCCCCCUUUCGUGGUUCGUACGCACACCGCUCGCUAUAAAGAACUGACCGAAACUGGAAACCGCGCAUCAAAAGUCUAAGGCAUCUGACCUGAUUUGUGUUCGCACAACGAAAUAUUCAUCGCAAGUAUUAGACGUCAAGAAGAGGUAAUUGAGUUUGAAACUCUCAAGAAAAAAAAUCAAAUGCGCUGUUUCUGAACGAGAAAUGUUCCUGGAAAAAGAAAAACAAUACCUUGCACAUUUGUAUAAACAAUUGAAGCCAGCCGCUUAUUUAAGGUUUCGUAUUUCGCGCGCGAUAGCUUUUGCCUUUGGCUUUCACGGUGUGUCAGUAUUAAAUAUCCGUUACUUUAAAUGAGGCUACCAGCCGUCAGAAAAUCUCGAUCUUUAAUCUAAAAGUGAAAUUUUGACUCCAAUGCUGUAAUCCGUUUUAAAGGGAAUUUAUUCCUCAAUUAUGAGGGGAACGAGUUGAUCAAAAAACAUGUCAACAACUUAAACCUUUAGCUUGCUAAUUACUAUAACGGCAGUUAAACUUCAAAUGUUUGGAGGCGAAACAUGUCACGUUCACGUCAGAAAGUAGACCACGCGGGUUACGGAAACAACAAACAAAAAUAACCUUCACAUCACAAGCGCGAACUUCAAACAUAUGUCAAAUAAUUAUCAUGGGGCACUGGAACUCGCUCUCUUAGCUCAUUCUCUCUUGAUGUUGUAUAUAAGGUUUGGGAGACGCAUUUACGUACAUUUGUUUGUACGAAGCUAUGUUUUCAUAUUUAGGAGUAGUUUCUGCACUAACGCUGAGUUCCAUAGAAACUAAGAACGCCUAACUGGCAAUACUGCAAAAAAAAAAAAAAAUUAACAUGACGACCGUGACACAGCCUCUUUAAAGAUAUCGUCUUCUUUGAACAGUUACGCUUACUGUAGGAUAUGUAAAUAUUUAGGUCUAUCGUCCCCACCCCCCAUGUUUGUAUCAUCGAGCAUGCGCUGUGACUGUUAUGAUGAUUAGAAUACACAUGUGUGCACGAGUUAGCAAUGGUGUGUGUUAGUGGUUAAAUCUUAAUCAAUUCUUGGUUAAAUCCGUAAAGACACUACACUUAGUCCACCGUAUGCUCCCUACCAAACCUGCCUAUUCAGCGGGAAAAGCUUGAAAUUUACUUGAAUCAAACCAAUGCUGACCAGUCAUUAUGAAUUUCUCGUUUCUUUUCAGAUUACGUGAUAUUUUUCUUUGCCUUGGGUUUUCUGAUGCAGGAAUUCUUAGAGGCAAAAAAACAGGGAUCCUACGUUUAUAUGUCAAAAUGGUGGAAUAUUGUGGACAUGAUUAUCAUCUUUACCUUUUUUUUGAGUUAUGUAAUGUGGUUGAUCUCUUGGGGGCGUUUUGGAAAAUGGGAUCCACGGAAAGAAGUUUUUGUAAUAGCCGAUGUGUUGUAUGCAAGUGCCACGGUGGUGGCCUUCUUUCACUUAACGCACAUUUUCCAGGUAAGUUAACAAAUUGAAAGAGGCUAAUUGUUACGAACAUUUUGCUGUUUUGGGUCAAGUUCUGUGCUGAAGUCAUUACUUAACGCUUUAAAUACCCUUAUAGAAAAUGCUCCCGUAGAGCUAUGUAGAAGAUUUCAAACAAAUGUCAUCAAGGAGCACUAAUCAUAAUAUUUUUUGGUGAUUUUGCAGAUAUAGCAUUAAACCUUGAAAAUAAUGGCCCAACUUUUUCAAGUUUAAAUUCAUGUCCAUCCUUGCCAUCCGUUGACACAGACGACAUGAAAUAGUUUAAGCAAUAAAAAACGUUUUCAGUGUUUGCAUAGCCUGAUAUAAACGCGAGAGGGGUUCGAGUGUUCAGGCUGUUCAAACACAGGAAAAAAGUUUUCUAUUGGUUUAUGAAAUAACUUUCCCGAGAAAAACGCAAAACUCUCUGUUAUGGCCCUGAUUAAAAGAGAAAUUCUUACCAGUCACAAAAUCUUGUACUCGAAGUCUGCCUCGCAUGAUCAGUUCUUGUUUUGCAAAAGGAUGCUUUCCAAAAUACGGAUUUUUGUCACUUAAAAUGUCAGCUUAAGGGGAAAAAAAUUGAUACAGCUUGUUUGUAAAGAUUUUCCAAGUUUCAGCCCACGAAGGAAUGGGUAAAUAAAGUAAACCUGUCGAGUUUUGAACUCAAAAACUCUUUCAAAUUCGUGCUUGCGUGAUUAGCACACGACAAGCAAAACAUCUUGACGUCACAACCAUGUUCACAUACUCUCAUGCAAACACUCCUCUCGGCCAAUCAGAGUGCGCGUACUAUCUUAUAUUAUAUACAUCAUGAAUAAGGUUAUGGGAUGAGGUUUAAAAAGAAUUUUGUCGAGCCGUUCUAGAGAUACUCAUAAAAGCGCUAAAAAUCAAAAUGUAGAGUAAAGUUGAUCCUAGACAGGUGGUGUGAAAACAGGUUAGUUUUCAGGAUUGCAAGAAAAAAAAUACACCAAACUUUCCUUGCAUCGAAUUAUGACGUUAAGCUGCCUUUUGACGCUGCUUAGGUAGGUUUAAUGUGAGUUAUUUAGAACCCUUUUAUUAAACAUUUUAUCACGAUUAUUGAAAAUAUAAGGUUUGAAAUACAUUUACGUUUUGUUUGAAUUCAAACAUACAAAAUUUUUUACUUUUUACAGAGUUUAUUUGCUUAACACCACACUUUCGCGUUAAAUUCGGAUAUAAUUCGAUUUCAAAGUUUUUUGUUUAUUGUUGUCAUAGUGAUAUCGAUUUAAUAAAAACCGCAUUUUAAUAAACUUCUAUUCAAAGUCAAUCACUGGUGAAGAUUUUGUAGCGAUCUGGCAAGGACAAAAUUUACUUUUAAAACGAUUGAAAAACAUCGGUAUGGUCCCCGAAAAUCUGUAUCGAAACACCUAGCUUAAUGAACGUUACCAAAUUGUAUAAUUAAUUAUAAGCAUGAUUUUAAGGUUUAGUAUGUCAAGUAACCUGUUAGUAUUAACAAGGGGCGCCGCUUUUAGCCUUGGCAAAAUUUAUAUCUUAUACUCAUUGUGUCUGGUCCCAAAUUUUCCAGAUAGACUCUGUUUUGGGUCCUCUGCAGUUGUCCCUCUACAAGAUGCUUAAAGAUGUGGGUCGAUUUCUUUUUAUUUACCUCUUGCUUUAUCUAUCGUUCGCGACCGGCGUUGUGAAGGUGUAUUCCUUCUAUGUCACCUCACAGAUAGAGUUACAGAAGCAGAACAUGACAAGCGACCCACAAGAUUCCCAUCCAUAUGACAAGUAUGUACACAUUUAAACCUUGUGUAUGUCGACCGCUUAUUAAGCGAGCUUUUUAAAAGGCGUGACGUUGUUGUUACAAUUAAGUAUAGAUAUUUAAGGAAACCGGAGAGUCUUAAAGACAGUCAAAUUCAUUAAUACGUACACUGUUCUUUCUCAAAUCAUAAAUGUGUCAGUUUUUCCAAAGGUAUAUUAUAGCCGUCAAGUGAUAGCAUGUCAAACAUUGCGCAAUUUUUACAAACCUCUAUUAAGCGGACACCCUCUAUAAGCGGACACUUGGGCAGGUCCAGUAGGGGUCCGCUUAAUAGAGGUUUCACUGUAUUCUGUUUCAACAUACGUGUAUGUUUAAUUAUGAUAAAUAACAAGACCCGUUUGGUAACGACACCUCUCAUUAAUACGGAUACCCUCCCGUUAGUGCAUGCUCGUAUCAAUAGGAUUUGACCUUUCCAUUUCUCGUUUCAUUCCCAGCCACCCCAAUUCCCUAUUGGCCAUGUUUUGGUUGCUGCUGGGUCUCGUUGAAGAAGGUGAUAUCGCUGUCAAGGAUCCUAGCUUUCGUCUUACGUCUGCCUUUGGUCGUCUGUUUUUGAUGGCGUAUGUGAUAUGUACUGUGAUUGUAGCCUUGAACAUGCUGAUUGCCAUGAUGAACAACUCAUUCGAGAAGAUCAUGGUGAGAGAGUCGUUGUUUUGUUCAACCCCAAAUGCUAAAAGAUAACUCUGUUUAGACAUGUUACAACCCUAUGCAGAAAUAAUGCGUCAUUUGCACGAUGACGUCUCUUUAGCUUGUAUGCAUGUUUUGUUUUCCCAAUGCAGGUCAUUUGAUAAUACGCAAAAGAAACUGUUUCUUUCAAAUUUCGUCUUAUUCAUGUGUAUGUGUGCGCAUAAUUUAGGAAGAGACAAAGUUCAGUCCCAUUGAGGUUUAAAUAACAAAAUCCUUAAUUUGCACAAGAAAGCAAUACCCUGAAGGAUUCUGGUAGAAGUAGUAGAAUGGCGCCAUCGUGAAAAUGGAUUAUUAAAGAGCACAGCAGAAACCCGCAUAUGAUUUAAUGGCAAGCUUCAAUUCCACAUACCUGGGAAACCCGGGGUACUCCUGGGAAUUCUUGGUGGGGGUGUGCCGCCCGGUUCUCCCAAUCCUGACCCUAUUUCAGACCAAAAAAUGUCAUUUUCACACCCGUUUUGAGACCUGGUCUCUAAGAAAUUAUGUCAUCAUUACUUAGAUUAGAAUGCCAAAUAAAAAAUUUCUUAAACCACUUACAAUUCGUAUAUUACUUUUUCUUUCUUAUGCACUUGGAAUUGAAACGACAAAUACUUUCAUACACUGCCGUAGUUCCGUCACUGAAAAACUAUACCCGAUUCCAGACCAAAAUGGGCAAAAUGUAUGCUCCCUUUUUAGACCGAAAUGGCGCAAUACCCAUACUCUUUGGGCCGGCACAUACUAAUAUGGCUUAUGUAAGAGAGGUCUUGCCACAUAUGGUAAAAGCAAAAAUGAUUUCAUAAACAAAUGAAAUGAUUUCUCAGGGUCGUUCUUCAUUUAUUUGAAAAUCUAGCUAAUUAUUUUAACUAACACACCAAUGGAAAUAGAUAGAUUUGUCAUCGGCAAAUAGUGUGUUUACGUGGAGCUUAGUGAAUGUGUCUCAAAAUCCAGACCUCAAUUCUAGAAACUAGCUGAUACUCAGUGCAGAAGCUUCUGUCAUUAAAAGAAUUACAGAAGCCUUAUAUAUGGAGAGGAAAGGGGAGGUUGGAAAAAACACGAUGCUUCACAUAUCAUCAUUUCCUUAUGUAGGACAAUGCAGAUGUUGAAUGGAAGUUUUCAAGAACACGGAUGUGGCUGGAGUGGAUUGACAAAGGAAGCACGAUACCAGCGCCUUUAAACCUAAUCUACUACACUCUUUUUGGGCUGUUUAAGUUUUUUGGCUGGUGUUUGAGAAUCUCAGUUGAGAAAUGCCCAUGUUUUAACCAGGUUUGAUUUUAAAAUUCCAUAUUGAUACCCUAUAUAGGCUGGAUACAUAAAUUAAAUACUCUCAGUUUUCGAUAUCCACUAACUAGAUUAAUCCACUAUUAAAAUUAUUGCGCAGGGGAAUUACUCACCUGGUACAGGCCAAGGGAAACUUUCGUUGACUCUACUUUACACUGAUUUUUAACCUCAAAAUGUAAUCAAAACUUACCGUUCCUAUUCCUUGCUUUUGACAACUUCUGGCCAUCCAUCCACCGUUUUAGGGCUGUCCAUGGACUGUCUUAUAGCAUCGGCUUUGACCCGAAUUCCCUUCGAUUUUGGCGUCCACCCUGAUUUAGUCACAGUAUGUGCCUUUGUACGUCUUAAGACAAAAAUCUAGCUUGAACGUUUCUUUUAGUCACUACCUGUUGUUACAACCUUUACUGGGUAAUGACUAGACUGCCAGUUACAGUUUCAUUAAUAAUUUUUUUGUCUUUUGUAGCAAAAUGAGGAGAGAAAUAGCCAGGGAGAUCGUGUAAAGGUACCUAUAGAUUGCAUUGUUGUGUUCAAAACUUGAUUUGCUUCAGUUUUCGUCUCGACUCUGAAGCGGUUUAUCUAGUGAAAUAUCUCAAGCAUGUUUAGGCGUGGCUCACUUUUUGUUAUGGACCCCACCCAUGAGGUUUAAACUUUUUUUCUUUAGAAACCAUACAUUUUAUAUAAUGAUAAAAUCAUUAAAAUUUAUUCGAGGAAACUUUAUUUUGAUGAGUUUACUUGACUAGGAUUGAACUGAUGCUUUCACCUGAAUCGUGGCGUUUUAUUGAUGUUCAAAAAACAAAUUCCAUGUGGGGGAGGAAUGUCAACUAAGACUAAAACCGAACCAAAUGUUAGAUUUGGUUUACCUUUUUAAGUAUUUCCGCUGCUGAAUGGAAAAAAAAGUUAUUUUAUUAAGAAAAAAUGAAAAAUAAACAAUGUCAUGUGACCUGUUUUGCUUAGUUAUUAAUGAAAUGAAAAUGGUCAGUAAAAUAGUCAACCAUUCCAGUUAGGUUUAUAUGAGGAAAAAUAAUACAAAACCUGAACUUAGGGACGGACCAUUAGAAAAGUUAUGGGGGGGAAUUUUCGAGCCGCAGGAAUUUUUUUUCAUUAUCAAAUUCCUUGUAUGAAUUUUUUUUUAGGCCAUAGCAUGAAUAUUUUUUAGGGUUACUUGGCGUGCAAGAAUUUUUUUCAUUUAAUUUUCUUUUCCCUUGCGCGAAUUUUUUUUUUUUUUUGUACUUCGCCCACCCCCCCCCCAUAAGUUUUCUAAUGGUCCGUCCCUUAGUAUCUUUUGUCUGGCAUCACGCCACCGCAAACUUCCCUGUCGUGAAGGGUAGCUACUUUUUUUAAGACACUUCAAAAUUUUUGAUCUGUUAUUGAGAGUGGUCCUCUUAAAAAGAGAGACGAUGGCAACUCAGAGUCGAACCGGGACCUUUCUUAUUCCAAUCUUUCUCCCUUAAGUGAAUAACAGGUGAGAUGACCCUAGCCCUUUCCAUGGCUCUCUUGCUUUUGACGUAAAUUUAACUUGGGCUUCAAAGUCGCUCUUUCUAAAACUAUUGAAAAACGUAUCAUUUGUCUUAUUGUACCCUUAAUCCAGAGAAUAUAUUACAUCUAUCAUGACAAAAGGCUUGGUUACCAAUGGUGGCAUCGACCGUUAAAAAUGGCAACGACCGUUUACGAAAGGGAAAAAGGCGUCGCCAUCCCAUUUUAUAUUUUCCAGUAGUUACUUUCCUGGACGUGACCGUCACAGUUAUUAGAUUUUAUUACAGCUAAUCGUUAGAAAUUGGAAAUAGCAGCUAUAUAAUUGAUUUAAACUACGAGGAAUUUAUAUCAGAGUGACCGACUGCUAAUUCAUAUAAUUUUUAGGCAACCCAUAUACAGAAACGAAAUGAGACAUUGAAAGAUUUGAUCGUGGAAUACCUGAAAAAACACUAUUUGGAAAACAACGAAGAAGAAAGAGCUGACAGGUACCAUGAUGAAGCAAAGGACGUCACAGAUGAAGCAACCAGACUCGACAAAUUACCAAAAAAUAUACAAGAAAACAUCAGUCUAUUGAAAGAAAUGGUUGAUCGCCACGCGAAAGAACUGACUGAGCUUAAUAAGAGGCUUGGCAGCUUGGCUAAGUGAUUCAGAUAUAUUGACAACAACGGUAACAACGUUCAAAAGUAGGUUGAGUUUGAUCGCCCGGGUGAACCUAGUCCUGAAUAGGACUGUUGUUGACAGUGACUGACAUAUCGACAACCGGUGCGGUAGGCAUCUUCAGAGUCAAAGUGAGUUGUAUCACUGAAAAUGAAAAACAUCGCCAAGCAGUAGCAAAAUUACGAUCAAGUAAUUACAAGUUAAGAAUUGGAACUGAUAGAUACCAUCUUCCUAAAAUCCCUGAGAAUCGUAGGAUGUGUCAGCUUUGCUCGUCGAAUAGAGUAGAGAAUGAAAUUAAUUUUCUAUUCGAAUGCAAUUUAUAUUAAAAUUUAAGACAACACUUUUUUCAAGACGUGGAAGCCAAGUACUCCAAAUUCGUAGACUUGAAAAAAUCGGAACAAGUUGUAUUUCUUUCCAACAAUAUUGAUCCAAAUAAGACGUUGAUAGUAUACAAGAUCAAAUGCCGCGGCUGCCAGGUUCUUACAUUGGUGAAACCGGCAGAAACCUUAGCACACGACUGACCGAACACAAACGAGCAAAGAAGAGUGGUGACGUCAACAAUCACAUUGCUGAGCACCAUUUACAGACGAAACAUCAAAUUGACUGGGACUCUGCGGCAUGUAUAACGUAUUCUACAGACUACUAUCAACGUCUUACUUUAGAAAGCUGGUUUACUAACUUAGAACAAACGCCACUGAAUUGUAGCCAACAGUUACCAGCGCCGUACAAACGACUUAUUGACGAGAUCAAGCAAAAUUAACUACGAGAGAACGACUGGAGAACUGACAAUUUGACUAACAAUAGACGACUGUUUUACUGUGACAAUAGACGGAUCGAAACGCACCAAUUACUGAUUACGAGUCUUCAUAACCAAUAACAUCACGGCUUAACUGACAGACGACCAAUAACAUUGCGACGUAAUUGACCAAUCAGAUCAACAAUCAGAGUAUAAUACCAUCAACUGACGUAGUAAGGUCUAAAUAUUCUGAUCUACUGACAUCAGUCUUAAAAGUGGAAUAGAAAUUCAAUUUUUUGUAAAAUCGCAACAUGUUCAUUUGAUCCUUUUUGAAGUAAUCUGUGAUUAUGCUUGCCAGUUUUAUUUUCGGCAGCUUCGAGUUAACUGACCAAUUUUGACUCUACAAGAAUACUAGCGCCGGCUACAGCGUAGCUUCAUGAUUUCGUGAAAAUUUAACUUGAAAGUAAAAGGCAUUGCUUUGCAAUACUAGAAUCAGGUAGACAAACAAGAUGCAACCAAAAUUUUAUAACGUUUAUAUUAAUGUGAGAUUUAAGUGAUAGACUUCCUGCUUCAUUACGAGAUAUAAUAUUUGUUGCUCUAUUAUUUAGGCCAAUAAAAUGUUUGUAAAAUUGCGUGC